AUGUCUGAACAAAUUAGUAUUGGACUCUACCUCUUCAAGAGGCUUCACGAACUUGGUGUUCGCGGUGUCCAUGGUGUUCCCGGUGAUUUCAAUCUUGCUGCGUUAGAUCUUCUCCCAGAUGCUGGCCUGUACUGGGUUGGAAACUGUAACGAACUCAAUGCCGCAUAUGCCGCCGAUGGUUACGCCAGAAUUAAGGGUAUCUCUGCUUUGGUCACUACAUUCGGUGUUGGUGAAUUGUCUGCUCUUGCGGGUGUUGCCGGAGCUUACAGUGAACACGUCCCCAUCGUGCAUCUCGUCGGUGUCCCCCACACUGCUUCCCAGAAGGGAGGUCUUCUUCUUCACCACACCCUCGGGAAUGGAGAUUUCCGUGUCUUUGAGAAGAUGUCCGAGAACAUCUCGGUAACACAGACACUGCUCGAUGACCACUCCAAGGCCGCCGAUGAAAUCGACCGUGUAUUGAGUGCCUGCUGGGUGAAAGCCCGCCCCGUCUACAUCGGUCUCCCCACAGAUAUGGUCUUCAAGACCGUCGAUGCGUCACGUCUUGAGACCCCACUGGACCUUUCAAUUCCACCGAACAACGAAGAGACAGAAGAUGCGGUAGUUUCCGAGAUUUGCGGGCUCAUUUACAAGUCAAAGAACACAAUCAUCUUGGCUGAUGCUUGUGCCAUUCGUCAUCGUGUUCUUGACGAGCUCCAUGAGCUUAUUGAGAAAACGGAAUUGCCGGCCUUCGUGUCACCAAUGGGUAAGGGCGCUAUCAACGAAGAGAGCAGCUCUUUUGGUGGUGUGUAUGUUGGCGAUGCUAGUAGGGACGACGUGAGACAGCGAGUGGAUGAUGCGGAGCUCAUCCUUUAUGUUGGUGGCUUACAGAGUGAUUUCAAUUCCGGAGGAUUCACUUACCAUGUUGCGAAGAAGAACACAGUCGAGUUCCACAGUGAUCACAUGAAGAUCCGCUACUCCGAGUUCCCAGGAAUCCAAAUGAAAUCGGUCUUCCGAAAACUCCUCGACACACUCGACUACUCCAAGAUCCAGAAACACGCCACUGCCGAGAUUUCAAAUACAAUUCCCAGAAGAGAGCGAGAGUCAAUUUCCAGCGAGAUUAACCACGCCUACUUCUGGCCCAGAGUUGGACAGUGGUUGAACCCGGGAGAUGUUGUAAUUACUGAAACCGGUACCUCCAACUUUGGUAUUCUUGAGACUAGAUUUCCAAAGGAUGUCACGGCAAUUUCACAGGUUCUUUGGGGAUCAAUUGGAUUCUCUGUUGGUGCCCUGCAAGGAGCGGCGUUGGCAUGCAAGGAGAUGUCCCCGGAAAGGAGAGUGAUCUUGUUUGUAGGAGAUGGAUCUCUACAAUUGACGGUACAAGAGAUCAGUACCAUGAUCAGACAUGGACUGAAGCCCAUCAUCUUUGUCCUGAAUAACAAAGGAUACACCAUUGAACGUAUUAUUCACGGAAUGAAGGCAAUCUACAAUGAUAUCCAGCCAUGGAACCAUCAAGAGAUUCUGCACUUGUUCGGUGCCGACCCUGAACAUUCAGAUUCAUACCAAGUCAAGAACAAGACUGAGCUUGAGAACCUAUUCAGGAACGAGAAGUUCUGUAGUGCGCCGCAUAUCCAGCUCGUCGAGGUUUUCAUGCCCUGGCAAGAUGCACCAAGAGCGCUGCUUAAGAUUGGUCAAGCCACAGCAGCAUUGAACGCUAAGGCGUAA